GACACUGUUCUAUAUCUAUCCUGAGGAGCCCAGGCUUAUCGACGAUACUGGUGACCUUUUGCAGCCUGCAGUCAACCUUUCGGACUUAUUCGCCAGGGGGUGUUCCCUUUUACCAAUCUUUCUUUACUACUUUCCUUACUGCAUUCUCUGUUGGCCCGUUACCCGUUCAAGAUCGUCUUCCGGUUCGCCGUUUCGAUCCGUCACGUUUUGUUGAUCGGCUGUCUCAGGCCCUUCCGUGAAAAUAGUGCUGUUCUUCGCGUUCGAAGAACGAGAUACAACUCAUUGAUGGAAGGGCCUGGAUGGCAGACUGAAAACGUUCUAAUUGCGGCUAUUUUACGUCUCACCAUCUCGGUCCUCAUGGUUACUCCUCCGAUCAUCGUUCAGCUUGUGAAGACUACAUCCAGUGACCGGGAUGGCUUGACCGAAGGAGAUUGCAAGAACGAAACAACCUGUUUUCAAGCACAACAAAUUGUAUCCGAGACUAGCCGCUGUUGCCCGACAAUCUCUUCCGGCCUCUCGGACUGUUCUGCCUUACAGUGCCCCUUCUAUAUCGAUUGCGUGCUUUUUGUCAUCCGUGAUUUUAUUUCUUUGUGUUCUCAGACUGUCAUAAUGUUGUUAUUGACGCAUCAGUGGGGACGUGAAAGUUCAGGGGAAGGGUAUGUGCAAGGUGAAGAAGAUGGCUGUUUCUUUGGUGGUCCUCCCGCUUUCGUGCUAUGUUUUUUUCGGUCAUGCAGUGAGGGUCUUAGACUUGACGGCGGACUAGAGUCAGCAUACAGAGCUUCGGACAGCCAGGGGAGUGGCAUGUCUCGGCAUAUGGGUAUUCGGCGACGGAAAAUGGUUAGGGUCGCUUCCGGGGUGGUUUCUGCGUCGAUUCACGUUGUUUCACUGAUGAUGUUUCAUGUUGCUCUGCGUUCUAUCUAAACCUCACUCAAUCACAUCACAUAUCACCAGGGACAGUUGGAGGAGGGCUG